CUGCUGGCCCCGCGCUUAGUUGGGUCCCGGGUCCGGGUUCUGCCGGGCUAUGGCGGCGCUCGGGGCGCUGGCCACGAAGUUGUGGUGCAUCCGGCGUCUGCUGGUGCUGGUGGCCACUCCGCUGGUGCUGCUGCCCAUCCCCUUCAGCCUCCCGCCCCAGGAAGGAAAAUGUCUCUUUGUCAUCCUGCUGAUGGCACUCUACUGGUGUACAGAGGCUCUGCCCUUGUCGGUGACUGCUCUGCUCCCCAUCAUCCUCUUUCCCUUCAUGGGCAUCUUGCCCUCCAGCAAAGUCUGCACCCAGUAUUUCCUGGACACUAACUUUCUCUUCCUCAGUGGGCUAAUCAUGGCCUCUGCUAUUGAGGAAUGGAACCUGCACCGGAGAAUCGCCCUAAAGGUGCUGAUGUUGGUUGGGGUCCAGCCAGCCAGACUCAUCUUAGGAAUGAUGGUGACCACCUCCUUCUUGUCCAUGUGGCUCAGCAACACAGCCUCCACUGCCAUGAUGCUCCCCAUCGCCAAUGCCAUUCUGAAGAGUCUGUUUGGGGAGAAAGAAGCUGGGAGAGACCUUGGCUGGGAAAACGAAGAGAAUAUGGCUGCUGUCCAGAGAAAUGGCCUGCGCACCAUCCCCAAUGAAAUGCAGUUUCUGGCCAGCACAGAGGACAAAGGCCUACCAGAGGAUGUGGAGGCCCCGCCGGAGAUUGCCACUGCCACAAAGAAGGAGGAGGAGUACCGAAGAAACAUCUGGAAGGGCUUUCUCAUCUCCAUCCCCUAUGCAGCCAGCAUUGGAGGCACAGCUACCCUCACUGGCACCGCCCCCAACCUCAUCCUGCAGGGCCAGCUGAAGAGCUUUUUCCCACAGUGUGACGUGGUGAACUUUGGAUCCUGGUUUGUAUUUGCCUUCCCCCUCAUGCUGCUUUUCCUGCUCGUCGGCUGGCUCUGGAUCUCCUUCUUGUACGGCGGCAUCAAUCUAAGGGGCUGGAGGACAAAAAAGUCACAAAUCCGAGCAGACGCUGAAGCUCGAGCCCGAGCUGUGAUAAGGGAAGAUUACCAAAAUCUGGGCCCAGUCAAGUUUGCAGAACAAGCGGUCUUCUUCCUCUUCUGUUUGUUUGCCAUUCUGCUUUUCUCCAGGGACCCAAAGUUCAUCCCUGGCUGGGCCAGCCUGUUUCCCCCUGGAUUUCUUUCUGAUGCUGUCACAGGCAUCUCUAUCAUCACGGUGUUGUUCUUCUUCCCAUCCCAGAAGCCUGCUCUCAAAUGGUGGUUUGACUUGAAAGCUCCCAACACGGAGAUGGAGCCCCUGCUGACUUGGAAGAAGGCCCAAGAGACGGUGCCUUGGAACGUCAUCCUCCUGCUGGGUGGGGGCUUUGCAAUGGCUAAAGGAUGUGAGGAGUCAGGGCUGUCAGCAUGGAUAGGUGGGCGGCUGCAUCCCUUGGAGAAUGUGCCACCAGCCAUUGCAGUCCUGCUUAUCUCUGUGGUGAUCGCCUUCUUCACUGAGUUUGCCAGCAACACAGCCACCAUCAUCAUCUUCCUCCCAGUUCUUGCUGAACUGGCCAUCCGUCUUCGAGUCCAUCCCCUGUAUCUGAUGAUCCCAGGCACCGUCGGCUGCUCCUAUGCUUUUAUGCUCCCAGUGUCAACACCACCCAACUCCAUCGCCUUUGCUUCUGGACAUCUGCUGGUCAAAGACAUGGUACGAACAGGCCUCCUGAUGAACCUCGCAGGCGUUUUGCUGCUUAACUUGGCCAUAAAUACAUGGGCCCAGAACGUCUUCCAGCUGGGGACCUUCCCAGCCUGGGCAGAGGAUCACUCAAGCAAUGUGACCACACUUCUCCUUGAUGAGUACAACACCACUCUUCGGCCCCUCCUCAAUGUCUGAGCCCCUCCCAGUAGGGUUGCUCGAAGGACUCACUUGGAAUGGGGCCCUUCCCAUCCCAGCCAGGCCCUCCCAGAGGGCAUCUCCCACACCUGGUGCUCAUCUGCAACUGGCUAGUCAAGCAAUUUUGUUUCUGAUCAAAUAACUACCAGGUGAAGAAGACCUUCAGGACUUCUGCAGAGGACACAUUCCUCCUCUACCAACACCCUCCACUCCAGCCCCCGACUCUCACAAUACAGGGCACAGCUACACCUUGGACCAGAUAUUCCAGGGAGCUACUUCCUUUACCCCCAAGGUCUCUCAUUAGUAUUCAGUUGGGCCUUGUUUCUGUAGGCCUCAGCAGCUGUUGAAGGAUUUGGGUUGCAAGAAAUCUUCUUUCUGUGCCCCUCCAUGGUUUACAAAGUGUUUUUUCACACAAGUAUCUCAAGUGUUAUUAUGCCCAUUUUACAGAUAAAGAAACUGAGGCUCUGAGAUAGGAAGCUACUUGCCCAUGGUCAUAGUUAGAGUUAGAUGCAGAAUUUGUACCCAGGUCUCUUGACUCCACAUUCUGCACUCUGUCCACAACACCAUGUUGCCUUCCCAAUGAGGCACACGGCCUCCUAUAAAUUUAGAUUAAGAUGAGUCAGUAGCUCUCCUGCCAUGGCCACCUCUGCUCCUUGGGUUGGCACUGAAGUAGAGUAGAAAAUAUUACUUGACAGAUAAGAAUUUGCAUUUCUUUUACAGGAUGUUCUCCUCAUUAGAUUAUUUCAGUUCCUACAAUGGUUUUUAGAACUAUCAUUUUUAUAUCAUAGUGCCACCAAAUUUCAGAAAACCUUUUUUAUUUUGGAGCCAAGUUAAAUUCUAAGCACAUGUACACACGUGUGUGUACAUACACACAGCGCACCAACACACACACACACACACACACACAGAUUAAGUGGGCUUUUGCAGAAUGCCCCAUUGUCAAUUGAGUACAGGGCCACAGAAUCAUAGAUUUCAGAGGCCACCUAGUUUCACUCCCUCCUUUUACAGAUCAGGAAAUGGAGGCAUCUCAAACAGGUCAGUGUCACAAGGGAACAAGGGAAUAGUUAAAAUGGAGUAUGUUGAUUUGGAUAUCAAGGCCGUUGAGUCUCUUGUGCAGAAUCACACAGAUGGAAGGGACCUUGGAAACUUCUAAUACAACCCUCCCUGAGCAAGAAUCCCUUCUUCAGCAUCUCAUGGAGGAGUAUCUGGCCAUUGCUUAGAAAUCACCAGUGACAGGGAACUGCCACCUCCCAAAGCAGCCCUUUUCCAGUUAGGGACAACUCCAAUUAUUGAAAAGUUUUCCCUGACAUGAAGUCAAAAUCUGCUCAACGUCUAUCAAGUGCCCCUAGUUUUGCCCUCAGGAGCCAAAGUGAGUGAGUCUCACUUUUCUUUCCAUGCAACAGACCUUUCUUUCAGCUUAAACACCCUGUCUCUCUGGUUAGCACUGCUGCGGCACCAUCCCUAGUCUUCAGACCUUUUAAAAAGAGGAUUAAAAACCAAUCUAGAAACCCCACUCAGAGACCUUAUCCCCCAAGCAGGAGAUAAUCUAAAGAUGUGGUGACUAAUUCCCAGUCCAAACUGGGCAUUUUAGACAGGACUGCCCUGCCAUCUCCAGCAUCCCCCUGAGCAAAAAAGGCUAACCCUUAACUGAAGGACCAGAUCCGGUUCAUUCUGAUUUUCAGAACUUCAAGUCCUGGGUCAGAGUUGUGACUUGGACACCCCCAUCUCUCUUGGGGAACCACGACUCUCUCUCUCUCUUUUUUUUUUUUUGCAAAGCACUGUGAUAGUAGCAGAUUUCCAGAACACAUAAUCAGGGAGGCAGCGAGAACAAACACACCUACAGUGGGCUUCUCACACCGAGAACAUCCAGGAGCAAAGGGUGAAAGACAUACAAUAUGGCUCAGAAUUCUCAGUCUGAGACAGUGACUUUCUCUUUCCCCCUCACACAUGCACACUGACUUCCCCUUGGAGUGUUUAUAGAAAGGAGAGGUACGUCCUUACACUUCUGGGCCAGACCUUCCCCCUCCUAAUAUAUAUACUUCCUUCAAUGGGAUGAACCUUGCUGGAAGUUAGUACAUGCUAUCCCAAGCAAUGUUAUUUAAAUUUAUGAGAGGAAAAAAAAUUGCUGAUCUACCACAAA